CUUUUGACCACCUCGGUCCGGUUCAUGAUUGCGCAUUCAUGCUCUAUGACACGGCUGCUACGCUCAUCUCGAAGAUCACUUUUGCCUGCGUAAUGACGCCUGAAACACAGCGGAUUGUCCUGUAUGGGUUUGGCAAAGGGAUCAAAGCUGACUUUGAUAGCACUGUAAUCUCUGCGGAUGGCAAACGUUACGAGCAGUGCUUUGAAAUAUCCAAAGCUCCCAUGACUGCCAACAUCUGCUUCCGCAUACCCAACGGUUCUUCGAUCUUCAAGAGCUGGUGGUUGGGAACGCUCUAUACCGGACCGAACGGCCCCAAGUUUGUCACGCCUGCUCUACUGGUAGACGGCGAGCCGCUCUGGCGUGAAGCCAAUAAAUUCAAGUAGAUCCCUGU